AUGGCGUCCAUCCACAAGCAUGGCAUAUCCAGAUGGAUUGCAUACUCGCCACCGGUCGCCUGGACUGUCCGUCAGCUGCGCGAGCUUCUCAUCGGUGCUCUUAGACAGGGUCCCAUACCCCAGCAUGUCGCGUUUGUGAUGGACGGCAACAGACGCUUCGCUCGCGAGCACCAUAUUGAGACUGUAGAGGGGCACAACAUGGGAUUUGAAGCCCUCGCUCGUAUCUUGGAAGUUUGCUACAAGGCCGGCGUCAAAGUCGUUACCAUCUAUGCGUUUAGCAUUGAGAAUUUCAAACGCUCGAAGCAUGAAGUAGACGCUCUCAUGGAACUAGCGAAGCUCAAACUCGUGCAGCUGGCAGAACACGGAGCCCUGCUCGACCGUUACGGUGCAUCCAUCCGCAUUUUAGGGAACCGCGAACUGGUGAAGCCGGAUGUGAUCGAAGCGAUCGACAGGGCAGUCUCCAUUACCGCACACAACAAAAGGGCGAUAUUAAAUGUUUGCUUUCCGUAUACCUCGCGCGACGAAAUCACGACAGCCAUCAAAUCGACAGUGGAGCAAUACAGCACGCCCCUAGAUAGCCUCCAGACACCAUCGAAACGAACCUUUUCAGAAUCGCACAUCACCCAGCAAAUUCGUAAGCAAAUGUUGGAAGAGGAUACAGAUGGCAACUCCGCACCGCAGGAGUCUCGAUCCACGUCUCCUUCUUCUCUCAAAGAUGCCAAGUCAGUAGAAGGCGGUCGUUCCUCGUCGGCUACAACUGCUAUUAAUUCCUCGGACAAGGAUGAGAGCUAUACGACAGCGCCAUCCUAUCCGGAUCCCGAAACGAUAACGGCGGAAACCCUAGACGAACACAUGCUGACUGCUGGCGCACCGCCACUGGACUUAUUGAUUCGAACCUCCGGAGUGGAACGCCUGAGCGACUUCAUGUUGUGGCAAUGCCAUGAGAACACUUCGAUUGUAUUUCUCAAGUGUCUCUGGCCAGAGUUUGAUUUAUGGCAAUUUCUGCCGGUCUUGGUGGAAUGGCAGUGGCAGAAGAAGAAGUCACAGGAGCAGCAAAAAUCUCGUGCGCUUUCCAAAGCAGAAUGA